GCGUAAUUAAAAUAUUUCGUCAGAUAAAACUGAUCUUUCGGGGAUACUACGGAGCAGGAACCAAACCGAAAUAAAAAGCCGCUGCUCCCAUGGGGAAGAAGAGAGGGAGAAAACCCCGCCCUGUUUCACAAGACGCAGAUUCGCAGCCUGAAAACCCUAGCGUAAUGCCCGAAGGAGAAGAGGAAUCUCAAUCCCAAGACUCUGCUGUCCUCCAUGAAAAUCAACAGCGAGUUCUCCAACCCCAGCUAGAAGAAGGAGAAGAAGAAGAAGAAGAUUCGGCCAUGGCUGACCCCCCCGCCCACGAUAGCGACCCCCCCUCGCACGAUGGCGACCCCCCGGCGCACGAUGGCGAUCCCCCCUCACAACAGAAACAGGAGGAACCGCAACCUGUGCCUGCCUCCCCUCCCACUGUCCCGGCUGCUCACGAUGGCAAUUCCCCCUCCCAACAGCCGGAAGAAGAACCCCAAGGUAUGGAUACAUCUCCUCCACCUUCUCCUAUCGCUGUCCCUCCGGCGCACGAUAGCGAAUCACCUUCUCACAACCACGAACAAAAACGGCAGGAAGACGAAGUGCAAGCCAUGUCUCCCUCUCCUCCUCGCAAUCCCCCUCCGAUCCCUGCACCCACUGCGCACGAUAGAAACCCUCCCUCCCUCCCCAUCCUCACUCGAAAACCAAGCAAGCGGAAGAAACCCAUCAAGCACAAACAACGCCUUGCCAUGCAGAAGAAGCUUCGUCUCCUGAGAGAAAACCUCCAGCCCAUCCCUUUCACCCCCAACAAAACCCUAGAUUUCUCCGCCCACGAACCCCUCUUCAAAACCCUAGGUCUCUGGGACUUCGCCCACCUCGAGUUCGACCACCCGAUCCGAUCUGACCUCCUUUCCCAUCUCAUUGCCAACUACCACUCUACGAGCCGCUGCAGCUUUGUCAAAGACUUCCGGAUCAUGGUCAACCGGGCCGAUCUUGCCCGCGCCCUCAAACUCCCCGUCAAAAAGGACAAAACUGCACUCCCUGACCUUCUGCCAUCUGAGCAGCAAGGCUUCUCUGAGGAAUCCAUCUCGAUUGUUGGUGAGUUCAUGUCAAACUAUGUUCUUCUGCACGAGGACAUGUGGAUGAUGCCUGACGAGAUCCUGGCAUCGGAGCGGCUUCUUAAAGAGGGCCAGCUGCAGAAGAUCGAUUGGGCCGGCCUGAUCUGGUUUAUGGUAGAGAAAGAGAUUUCGCAGGCACUGGAAUCUGGGUCUUGUUAUUAUGCCUCACAUUUACAGCAACUGAUUAAGAUGCAGAGACCAGAGCUCUUUAUAGAAGAAGAGGAGGGUGUGGAAGAGGUCUCGGUCGAAGAGGAAGAUGAUGCAGCGGCAGCAGUUGCUAUGCAGGAACUUGAUCUAGAUAAUCAACGGGUGGAAUUGAGCCUAGGGCAUGAUAGGAGUGAAGGAGAGCGCACUGGGGAGGACAACGUCUUGGACUUCCAAGAGUGCAAGGAGGAGCAUGGGCAAUGGUUUUUGGAUGGAAGGAGCAACGGCAAUGAACAAUCCCUACGGCACUGUAACCUGAAUGACGUUCGGAGUUCAGAUUUCGGGCGUACGAGUAGAGAAGAUGAAGAAGAUGGGUAUGGUCCAUCUUCAAGAUUCAGUAAUCUGUCUAGAUUAGCUUCUGCUGACCUAAUUCAAGACAUGGAGACAACAAAUGCUUCUUACGGUAUGCAUGCUGACCUUCUUGACCCUUCUUCCGGAGGGUUGAUGAGGGCUGACAUGCAUAAGAGCACCCUUCCGCUGAAUCCUGGUGGUUUGUCUAUGUUCGGUAGCGGUUGCAAGGAAGAAAGUGAUGACGAGGAUGAUGUCCACCAUCUAUCCCAGGACGAUCAUCAGAGGAAGAUGAGGAACGAUGGUUCCUGGGGCCAUUCAUUGUUGAACUUCCGUAUGUGCAUCGGAGAAGUGCAAAGCGGGAUGGAUAAAGCAGCAGUAAUGUAUGAGGAGAAAGUGCAGGAGUGUUCGCAGGCACGCAUGAAUAUACAGUACUUGAAUUCGGAGCUGGAGCAGCGGAAUAGCAUGAUUUGUUCCAUGGAGAAAGCUGUUAUGGAAAUGCAGCAUAAAAAGGAAAUGGAGAUUUAUCGGCUCGAGCGAGAGCUCUGUGUCAUGACCCAGCUAUUACAUGGUUACAAGAUGGCUUUGAAGAACACCCGCAGCGCCUUUGCCGAGUACAGAGAACGUUGUCAGGUCCCUGAUGAACCGAUCUACAAGGAUGUUGUUGGUACUGGCGGCUUUGUUCUUAGUAGCGUGGAGUUGGAAAAGCAGCGCUUGGAGAAAGAGGAAGAAGAGAGGAGCCUGCGUCUUGCAAUGGAAGAAAAGGUCAAUGGUUUUGAGCAAGACUGGCUUGGUAAGUUUGACGUGCAUCUUAGACAGGUCGAUUUGUUCAACAAGAAGUUACUGGAAGCAGAGGAAGAAAUCAAGCUCCUCAAGGAAAACCACAAGACAGGAUGAGAUAUCAGAAGCAAGGGUAAGUCCUCUGGACAUUAAAAAAGGGAGUUUGAGAAGCGAUGUUUUGUGAGGAUUAGAUAGGAAGUUGUCUUGUUUAAUUAGAAGUAUCUACUGAACUUCUCUGCUGUUUCUGCCAUUAUGUUGCUGAGUUAUCCAUUCCAUCCUAAUGUGAAUGAUGGAUACUAAUUUAAGGAUCGGAAGAAAUCCCUUUGAUAAAAUUGCUGGCUUCUUUA